UUUUGUUUCACUGCCGUACGCGCAGUUUUCAGGUGAUGGAAACACUUUGGCCUAUUUUUGCCAUGGAUUUAUAAUACUAUAAUUAUUCCCCACUUAAAAUCCCACUAAGUAAAUUUGAAAUUUUCGCGAACAAUUAAUUUGCAAUUAAUAAAAAAAACAAAGUUUUAUUAUUAUUGUUACGUGAAAAAUUGUGUGUAUAUUGUGUGUGGCUUAAACGUCGUUAUAAAAAAAAAAAAAAAAUGCGGCUUCUUCAUAAUGACAAUCCGUGACAAGUGCUACGAACUCUGACCCAACUUUCUUGACUUGGGGGGGUUCUUUUUUUUUAUUUAUUUUUUUUCCAUGUUUUUUUAAAUAAAUUUUUUUUUUUCAUUGUCUAUCAAAUGGCGAAAUUUAAGUGAAAAAAAACAAGGAAGGAAUCAAGAGUGAAAAGGAGGAUAAAAUAUCAGAAGGAAGGAAAGGAAAAUUGAAUAAUUCUCAAGUGUGUCUAGCACAGCACGAUGUCAGGACAGAGCGGAGGACAUCGUUUACUCUUAUCGAAGCUGAAUGAUCAAUUAAAAUGUACACUUUGCUCUGGUUACCUUAUCGAUGCGACUACAAUAAUCGAAUGUUUACAUUCAUUUUGUCGAAGUUGCAUCGUCAAAUAUCUGGAGGUCAAUAAAUAUUGUCCAAUUUGUGAAGUUCUCGUUCACAAAAGUAAACCGCUACUAAAUAUUAGACCCGAUCACACGUUACAGGAUAUUGUUUAUAAAUUAGUUCCCGGAUGUUAUCAAAAUGAAAUGCGAUGUCGAAGGGAAUUUUACGCGAAACAUCCGGACGAUAAAAAUGUACAAUUGUCACCUGAGUCACGUGGCGAACCAAUUGAGUCGCAUAUUUAUUCGCCCGACGAGUCAUUGAGUUUAUCGCUCGAGUAUUAUAGUCCAAAUGUUAAUAGUAGUGACGACACGGAGGACGAGAAGGAAUUGGUGACGAAAAUUUUGCCAAGGCGAUAUCUUCGUUGUCCUGCAGCCGUCACUGUUUUUCAUUUACAAAAAUUAAUAAGAGCAAAAUAUGGACUCACUGAUGCGCAUCGUGUCGAUAUUAUGUACAAAGAGGAAACAUUGAGUGGCAAUUACACUCUCAUGGACGUUAUGUAUAUUUAUCACUGGCGGAGAAAAGUGCCGCUUCAUCUGAGUUAUCGGAUAUUCGAAUCGUCGCCAAAACGAAUAAAACUCGCCGAAGAUAAUGAAGAAUUCAAACAAUCUCUGACGAACACCGGCAUUAAUUCCGUGGAACCUCGAGACGAGACAACAAAACGCGGCUGGAAGGAAGUACAAUUAAAAAUCUCCGAAACUGGCGUUAUGAGCGUCACGGACAUAACGAGUCCCGAUUCGAAGAAAAGUACUCCGGCCAAGGACGAAAGUCCAUUUAUUCCCACCACUGUCGAGUCGAAAACAAUAACUCGAUCAAAUGUAAAUAAAACAGACGAGGAGUCAAUUCCCCGAACGAGUAAAGCGAAAAAUCUCCUCUCAGAAUUCGACAAGAAAAUCGAGACCAAACGGAAGGAGAAUGAUACGAAAACGCCUGUGGAGGAGAAGAAGCGAGAGAAGAGGGAACUGCCCUCAAGGGAGACGAAAAAUCGGGAAAAUGAGAAGAAGGAGAAUAAGAGGGACUUGAAAAGGGAGAAGGAGUUGAAAAAGAAGGAGGAAGUCGAGGCGAAAUCGGAGCUGAAGAAAGAGACACAGGAGAAGAAGAAAAAUAAUUCUCAACAAGCGGGAUCGAAGAUCGAUGCUUUGAGCGCGAAGUUACAAUUUCAGCCGAAAGUCGGUCAGGUGAAUAAUACUUAUUCGAAGAAAGUUGGGAAAAAACCGCCGACUAGGGCCGAAGUGAAACGAGAGGAAAAAGGAAAGAAGGAAGCGGAAGCGGAAGUUGAAGCGAAAGUGGAAAUUUCCCCCGGACAAUCGGAAGCGAAAAAAGAGCCCGAGGAGAAAAUCGGGUCGAAAAGCGAAGGAAAAAAGGAAAACAAGGGAAAAGAAAACCCGAAAUGUCUUCUUUCAACUGCGAGUUUUUCGGAGAAAAUCGAGAAGAAAUUAAAGAGCGACAGCAACGAAAGUCCGAAGGGGGAAAAAUCGAACUCGGGAAACGUGGCGACGACAGAAGUCGCGACUUUGGAAAAUCGAGAAAAGGAGAAAAAUACAGAAAAGGAGAAAAAUACGGAAAAGGAGAAAAAUACGGAAAAGGAGAAAAGUACAGAAAAGGGGAAAAAUACAGAAAAGGAGAAAAGUACAGAAGGGAAAAAUACAGAAAAGGAGAGAAAUGCAGAAAAGGAGAGAAAUGCAGAAAAGGAGAAAAAUGCAGAAAAGGGAAAAAAUACAGAAAAGGAGAAAAGUACAGAAAAAGGGAAAAAUACAGAAACUUCGAUGACUUUAGAACAAGCGAUCACCUCCCUGGGGAAACACGAUCCAAAAAAUCUCCUGAGUCAAUUAAAUUUCCGAAACAACAAUCUCUCGCCCUCGAGUGAAAUUUUAUCAACCAACGUCUCGACAUUAAUGAGCCAGAACUUCAACUUCAUUAUCCCCGAGCUCGGACUUUUAAAUUCCAAGUCUCAGGUUGGAAAUUCGCAAUUAUCGCAAUUAUCGCAAAAUUCGUCAAAUUCUGUAAAAUUUCCCACAACAACAACGACACUGGGAACAACGACACUGACAACGUCGACAAAUGCAAAAACAAUGGCAACAACAAAAAUGACAACUUUCAAUGUACAACCAUCGAUGAGUAUCUAUUCAAUAUCCGAUAAUAAAAAUCCCUUCCCUCAAUCGUCAUCAUCGUCGUCGACCUCGACCUCGACCUCGGACUUUGAAAUAACGAGCAUACCAAUGUCAUUGAUGAAAUCGACGAGAAAACACGAGGUGAUUGCAAAGGGGACGAAUUUAAAUGAGAUUUGCGCGAAAAUUGGCACUUCGGGCUCGAAGAUAAAUGAUAUUUGUGCGAAAAUCGGGGAGAAUUCAAAGGAGAAGAACAAGACUGAUACGCAACGGAAUUUACCGGAUUUAUUGAAAAUCACGAAGACGACGGAAUUCUUGAAGCACAUACCGAAUAUACCGAAUGUUCCGAUUUAUACGCCGAAUAAUAAGGGGGAUAAGGUGAUAAGUGGGCAGAAAUUGCAGCAACAGCAGCAGCAACAACAACAGCAGCAACAUCAGCAGCAGCAUCAACAACAGCAGCAGCAGCAUCAACAGCAAAAAAAGCAGCAUGUUGGGUACAAGACACUAAGGGAUCCGCCGAAAUCGUGGAAUCCGACGUUGUCGAAAAAUAACUAUGUCGCUGUGAAGAAUCAGAGUCAGUUCGAUGGGAGCAGUUCGAAGCCGAUUUUGUCGAAGCCGGCGAAAAUAUUUAAAAUGAGGAAUAUACCGAGGUACUUGGGUAAUCCGGCGUCGGGGGUUAAACCAAUGUAUGGAGUUAGUAACGAAAAGGAAAAGGAGAUGAAGAGCAACCUCAGCGGGAAUUCAAUGAUGAUGAUGAAGAUCGAUCCAAAAACCCUCUCGCCAAUCGUCUCGACGAGCAACUCGCCAAUCGUCUCACCGCCACCCUACUCACCAAACGCUCGCUCCUAUCAAAAUUCCCUCUUCACUCGCGACAUGUGUCGCAACAGUGGCUCACCAAUCUCACCACGCAACUCACCUGUAAAUAUGCUCUCCACAAAUCCCUUUAUCCCCUCACCAACACCAAAUACAAAUCCCCGACUAAUUUAUUCCCACUUUCCGCCCCCAUUUCCCGACACCUCCCGCUUCCCCAAUCCCCUGAUCCGCUCGCCGAUCGGAAUUCCGCCACCAAGUGCCUUUCACAGCAGCCUCCCGCCCUCGAUCAACAAACUCUAUCAACGGACGAGUUACAUUCCCCAAACGAGUGGCUAUCCUGUCGUGAACCAACCUCCACCCCCUCCGCCUCCCGCGGUGCAGAGAAUCCCCCCCAGCUCGACGUCGAGUGCGAAUUUCCCCAUUGGCAAAAGUCACGAGGUCACCGUCUCGUCGAGUUCGGAAAUCGCCAAGGAGAAGAUCUUCAAUUUGACGAAACUCGCCGGCGGGGACGAGGGCGAAAAGUCGAAAAUCGCCGAAAUUCGCGUCGAACUCGAGGCGAAGGUCAACGGCGACAUCAUCGACCUCGAGCAGGAGGAGGAGGAGAAGAAAAAGAAAAUCCCCCGUUCGCCCUCAACUCUCAAGGGCGCUCUCCAAGUUCUCAAGGACCUCCAGCAAAAAGUCACCAAUCAAUCGAAAAAUUCAAAUCAAUCGCCACUCGAAGAAACAAAUAAACUUCACUCCGAAAUUUUAACCAAUUUCCAAUCACAAAAAUCCAACGAAAAUCUAAAAUCGAAAACAAAUCAAGGAAAUAAUAGUCAAUCUUCGUCGUCGUCAUCAUCAUCAUCGUCAAAGGAACCGAUAAUUGUGGUUCAAGACAGUCAACAGUCGAGAGAAACGAAAAAUGAAAGUGAAACGGCGAGGAAAAAUAUUACUGCCGGGGAAAAAUUGUCAACGAAAGAGAAAUUGAAGGAGUCGAGUGAGAAAAAUUCGAAAGAAACAAGAGGAGACGAGAGUCAAGAGGAGACGAGAGAGAAUGCGAAUCAACAACAGGAAAAAAGUAGAGAAAACGAAAAGGAGAAAAUCGAAGAGGAGAAAGAAAGUCAAGGGAAGAAAUCUACGGAAAUACAGAGAAAUGAGGCGGAAUCGUAAUUGAGAUUUUUUUUUGAAAUCUCUUUUUCAAGGUUAGACUAUCUGUAUAUAUCUAUUUUUUAUUUUUUUUCCUUUUUGUAAAUAGUCACAAAGAUUUAACUAUUUUUUUUUGUAUUAUUUAAAAAAAACUCAGACGGUUAUUCAUUUUUUUGAAAGUAA